GAGAGAGAUGGCGGCCGCUGCAGGCACGUAGCGGUCCGUGCGUUAGUCUGUGUGUUAUGAACGGACCCGUGUGCAAGUAGACGAGAUAAGAGAUAAGUUAUGGCGACCGGGAGCGGUGUCGGUGUCGGCUUACCGUCCAACCAUGACGGUCAGGAGGCUGCAGCAUCCAAUGCAGCGGCGGGGCUCUCCACGGUGCCCGUCGCCGGUGCUGCCCCUGCUGCUGCCCCGUCCGCCUCCCAGCAUGUCCUCGGCCUUCACCGGGAGCCCAUGUACAAUUGGCAGGCGACGAAGAGCUCUCUGAAGGAACGCUUCGCCUUCCUCUUCAACAACGAGCUGCUCAGCGACGUCCGGUUCAUCGUGGGGAAAGGCAGACAGGCCCAGAGGAUACCGGCCCAUAAGUUCGUCCUGGCCGCUGGCAGUGCUGUGUUUGAUGCCAUGUUCAACGGAGGGAUGGCCACAACUUCAACUGAGAUAGAGCUGCCCGACGUGGAGCCAGCAGCCUUCCUCGCCCUGCUCAGGUUCCUGUAUUCUGAUGAGGUCCACAUUGGUCCAGAGACUGUUAUGACGACUCUGUACACGGCGAAGAAGUACGCUGUCCCUGCGCUGGAGGGUCACUGUGUGGAGUUCCUCACCAAGCACCUCAGAGCCGACAAUGCGUUCAUGCUCCUCACUCAGGCAAGGUUAUUUGAUGAGCCUCAGCUCGCCAGCCUCUGCUUAGACACCAUAGACAAAAGCACUGCGGACGCAAUAAACGCAGAGGGCUUUACAGAUAUUGACCUUGACACUUUAUGUGCAGUGCUAGAAAGAGACACACUAAGCAUCAGGGAGAACCGUCUGUUUGGGGCGGUGGUACGCUGGGCGGAGGCCGAAUGUUACCGACAACAGCUUCCCCCGACCUCGGAGAACAAACAGAAGGUUCUGGGGAAAGCCCUCCCACUCAUCCGCUUCCCGCUCAUGACUGUUGAAGAGUUUGCUGCAGGGCCUGCCCAGUCUGGAAUAUUGUUCGAUCGGGAGGUGGUAAAUCUGUUUUUACACUUUACAGUAAACCCCAAACCACGGGUCGACUACAUUGACAGGCCCCGCUGCUGCCUCAGGGGAGAGGAAUGCAGCAUUAAUAGAUUCCAGCAGGUUGAGAGUCGAUGGGGGUACAGUGGUACCAGCGACAGAAUCAGAUUCAAUGUAAACAGAAGAAUAUCCAUAGUGGGUUUUGGCUUGUAUGGUUCAAUACACGGACCCACUGACUAUCAGGUCAACAUACAGAUCAUCGAGAGCGACAAACGCAUUACACUCGGGCAGAACGACACAGGCUUCAGCUGUGACGGCACGGCAAACACAUUCAGAGUGAUGUUCAAAGAGCCUGUAGAAAUCCUACCUAAUGUCAGCUACACUGCAUGUGCCACCUUAAAGGGCCCAGACUCCCAUUACGGCACGAAAGGGUUGAAGAAAGUGACCCAGGAAUUGGCAACAGGGACCAAGAUGACGUUUUUCUUUUUUAGCUCACCUGGAAAUAACAAUGGUACAUCAGUGGAGGACGGGCAGAUACCAGAGAUCAUCUACUACACCUAGACUUAACACGGUGUCAUGCAGACGCACUGAACCAGGGAGACCUCAGACUGCUGGGAAGACUGGACUGCUGGAGAUAUAGUGCCUCAUGAUCCCUCGGAAUUAAGAUUUUUGUCACAGUUUUUUUUGCUGAUGCAUUUACAGAAAGUAUAUUUGCAUAUUUUUUAUUGUGCACUGUUAUCAUUUAUUCUGCAGGUGUCUUUAAAGUACUUUGUUUUUGCAUUGUAAUAAGGAUCAAUGUGUGUAAUGUAACUUUGUCAGUGGUACAUGCUGUAAUUUAUGACUUUAUGUUUGCUUAGCACUUCAUUAAAGUAAAAAAACCCAAAAAAAACCAAAAGAAAAGAAAACAAGUUUCAGGACUUAUGGUUUAAAUAAAUGAUAGUUCUUUU